GUUGCCACCCCAUGUGUUUCACAGAGAAACCGCUGUUUGCAAUUGGAUGCCCCAAAAUUCCACCUGUUCCUCUUCAAGCUUUUUGUCUGCUUUCCAUGUGUUUUUUCUUCCCAACUAUGAAAAAGAGAUCUGACUGAUCAGCCUCUAUACCAGGGUUGCCCAGGUCAUGGCUGUACCAGUGCUCCCUUCACAGCUCCUGGCUGUAGUUCUUCACCUGGCUCUGCUCCGCUCUGCCCACUCCGGAGCUUAUUAUGGGCUAAAGCAGUUGCCCCAGCAGCACCAGCCCCUGCAGCAGUUACCCCACAUCCCCCUGGGGAAAGAAGGCAUUCCCAUGCAACACCUGGGGAAGGAAAUGCCCCACAUGCAGUAUGGGAAGGAAAUUCCCAUGAUGCCCCAGUACAGGAAGGAAAUCCCCCAGAUACCCAUGCAUUUUGGGAAGGAGCUACCAAGAAAAGAAAGCAAAGAAAUGCUGCAAAAGGGUGAGAGAGGUGCCCCAGGAGAUGUGGGACCACGGGGCCCUCCAGGUCCUCAGGGCCCCCCAGGACUGCCGGGCCAUGGCUUGCCAGGACUCCCAGGGAAGCCCGGCCCCCCGGGUCCUCCAGGAUAUCCAGGGAUGGGCAAGCCCGGCAUGCCGGGAAUGCCAGGAAAACCAGGAGGAAUAGGCCUUCCCGGGCCGAAGGGUGAGCCUGGUCAAGGUGGAGCCGAGGGGCUGAUGGGGAUGCCGGGACCCCAGGGGCUUCCCGGCCCGCCAGGUUUGCCCGGCGUUGGGAAAGCAGGUGGGCAGGGUCUGCCAGGACAGCCAGGGCUCAGGGGUGAGCCGGGGCUCAAGGGGCCACCAGGCCAAGCGGGACUGCAGGGACUCAAGGGCGACAAAGGGAUUGGUCUGCCUGGACUGCCAGGUUUGAAGGGCCCAGCUGGGCCACCAGGCCAACCGGGGCCAAUAGGUCUCCCUGGAGUAGGGAAACCCGGGCUCAAUGGGCUCCCUGGGGCCCCAGGAGGACAAGGAAAACCAGGCCCCCCCGGGGAGCCAGGUGUACAAGGGCCACCCGGGCAAGGUGGACAGCCAGGACCUGCUGGCUUACCAGGAGCCGGUAACCCGGGCCAUGACGGAUUACCUGGCCGGCCAGGGAUUCCCGGGGGGAAAGGGGAGCCCGGCCCUCCUGGUUUGCCGGGGGCUCCUGGGCUACCCGGGUUUGGCAAGCCAGGAUUUCCUGGCCCAAAAGGUGACCGCGGGUUAGAUGGCUUAGCUGGUCCUCUGGGGCCCAAAGGAGAAAAAGGCCAUGCAGGACUCCCCGGGGUGGUGGGUCCCCCGGGGGCAAUCGGCCCACCUGGUUUACCUGGUCCCAUGGGUCCACCGGGAGGUAUUGGCUUCCCGGGUCUGAAAGGGGAAGAAGGUGCGGGGGGUCCUCAGGGGCAAAUGGGUCCCAAAGGUGAACCGGGCCCUGCGGGACUUCCAGGCCAGCCCGGAUUUCCGGGAGAGGCCGGCCAGCCGGGUCCCAGAGGGUUACCGGGGCCUAUGGGGCCUAAGGGGGAAAUUGGCCACAAAGGCUUGCCAGGCCUUCCAGGUGUCCCUGGCUUGCCUGGGGUGAAGGGGGAGGCGGGGCUGCCGGGAGAGCAAGGCCAACAGGGCCCCAAGGGUAUCCCUGGAAUAAUGGGCCCUGGUGGUCCUCUGGGCCCUCCAGGGCUACCGGGAUCAAAAGGAGAGAUGGGGCCGCCUGGUCUGCCGGGCAUUCCCGGGGUAGGAAGGCCAGGGCCCCCAGGACCUGCUGGGCCGCAGGGGAAGCCAGGAGCCUACGGGCCUCCAGGACAACCUGGGCAGCCUGGGCAGCCCGGUCCCCCAGGUCCACCUGGUCCCCCGGCACAGCCCCCAGGCGUCGGCCAGAUAAUGGGCCCAGGCUUGGAUGGUGUGAAGACCCCCCCAGGGGGGUACAAAAAGGGGAAACACGGGGAGGUCAUGGGUGGAAAUGGGGGCCUCCUGGAGAUGCCAGCGUUCACAGCCGAGCUCACGACACCAUUCCCGCCCGUAGGAUCCCCAGUGAAGUUCGAUAAAAUCCUUUACAAUGGCCGACUCAGUUACAACCCCCAGACAGGCUUCUUUACCUGUGAUAUUCCUGGAAUUUACUACUUUGCGUAUCAUAUCCACUGCAAAGGUGCCAAUGUUUGGGUGGCACUUUACAGGAACAGUGAACCAGUUAUGUACACGUACGAUGAGUAUAAAAAGGGCUUCCUUGAUCAAGCCUCAGGAAGUGCUGUUCUCCCUCUUCAACCAGGAGAUAAAGUGUAUAUUCAGCUGCCUUCAGAGCAAGCAGCAGGACUCUAUGCUGGCCAAUACGUUCACUCAUCUUUCUCUGGGUACUUAUUGUAUCCAAUGUAAAAAAAAUGUACACAUUCAUGCAUUUUUUUAAGUAACUUGUUUUUAUACUGUUGAAAGCUACGGUGACAAGUGCACAGUUUGGACCGGCUCUUGCAAUGUAAAAGUACAAGUGUGAGUUCAAAGGUUCAUGUAUGCGAAGUGUCUUAUAAUCAUGCUACUGGGUACGUAUUUGCAAUAUCUCAAACUUGUUCCCCUCCCAAAAUAAAUAAAAAUAAACGUGAAAUAUUAUCAUGAAAGCUAUAUUAUAGGUUGAGUUCACACGUUAUAAAAAAAAACAGCCACAUCUUAUGUGGAUUUCAUGUCAUUCCUAAUCCCGGUGUUUAGUCAUCUUCAGCGUACAAAUAAAUCAGUAAAAAUUAUUCUUGAAGUGUUUUGGGAAAAUCACAGAUUGCACUGUCGUGCAAUUACCAGCAUAUGUUUCUGUGUUAAAUUGGCAGCUGCACUCAGAAAAGAUUGUAAUGAAAAAAUGUGAAAUGAAAAAUUGCAAAACUGUUUUUUUUUUUAGAUAGUAACGUACAAGAAACAAUGUUUUGCGAAAGUUCUAGGAUUAGUUUAUAAGAGACCAUUGAAAUAGAAGACAUAGCUAUCAAUAGAGAGGUACCUUAUGUGGUACGCAUAAUGAAUAAACGAAAAUCUGCUAAUUAUUUAUUUAAAAUAGUUUUAAAAGACUUUCAAAAAAUGGUAAUCAUAAGCAAGAACAUUUAAAGUUUCAAUACAGGGUACAGGUGAAUGUUUUCUUUAAAAUAGGAGAGACUAUUUACAAAUCGGAGAGGCGUAAAUGCGAAGUGAACUACGUACAGGACAAAGGUGAGCUAUUGAAAUGAUGAAACGAUGAUUUGGCUUAAUGAAAAUGGAGAGUAACGGGAUAUCUAAAAUAUACCUAAGAUCCCAGAAGCAGAUAGACAUGGCUGGUUUUUUCAAGAGCUCAGGUGAAGGAGCCAUUUCAUAGUGCAGAAUAGAUGAGAAUCUUAAUUUAUGCCGGCAAGCGCCAUCUGUGAUUUUAUUUGCAGAAGUAAAAACAUGUGUCUAUACCGGGUCUCUCUCAGUCUUCCCAUCUCAAUGUAUUAUCUCUAGGGUCAAAGCUACAGUAAGUGGUGUGCAUCUCGUGGUCUGGUGCUGCUUGGCGGUAGUUAGUUACUGUCUUAAGACACCCAUACUUAUUUUUGGCAACUGUGUUCAGAAAGGCACAUUGAGGACACAAUUUUACAUUUACAUUAAAUAUACAAUAACAUUUCAAAUUUCAAAUAUUUCAAAUUUCAAAUAUUUUGUCUUAUUUUAUAAUAAGACAUAAUGUAUUAUACACAUACAACACUUUUUUUUUACUCAUUGUAGAAAUACUUUCUCAAUACUGGAUUAAAAUAACCCACUAUCAAAAUGAUAAAAACGUAGCCAUAAUUGCACACUGUAUUUAUUUCAUACUAGUCCUGUUGAUUUUUUGCCAAAUUUUCAAUUGCACUAUUUUUUUCACAUAUAAAAGGUAUCAGCUUAAAGCAGAGGAAACUUCCAUAAUUCCUCGGCACUGUAAUUCGACUGAAUAUUCAGUGUUUCUGUUUCACGGUAUAGUAAUGUUUGAGGAAAUGAAUUAAUAAAAUCAUCCUAUCCCAUUAUGCAUGAAAAAGAACUCUCUUUCACUCUUUGUCCUCAAUGAUCCAAGAUAAAUAAUAAAAGCUUUCAAUUAGCUGGGAAUUCAGACGGAACUUUGCUAGGGAUUUAGACAUUCCCUAGUACCUCUAACAAGAAUUCCUAUGAGGGAAAUCACAACAGAGUUUAGAAGUAAUCAUUUCCUCGGAAUUACACUGUUCUGCAGUUCACGACCAUACCAAAACCAGCUACCUAUUUCUGAUUAUAAAUGAACCCCUUUGGUAUGGACCAAGAUGGCAUAAAUACAAAAGGCUACCUACACCAAGUUACAUACUGGCAUGUGCUGACUGCUGUUGUCAGGAAGGUGUGGAAGUAAUGGUGGACAGAUAUUACUGGGUGUGAUGGGAGUGAUGCUGGACUGGUAACGCAGAGAUCAGAGUGUAUGGGGGAGGGGUGGGUUAGGUCAUGUUAGGGGAGGGGUUGUUUUACUGUGCCUAGAGCAACAGAAAGGGGGAAUAAUUUUUACAGUGAUACGAAACAAUCCAAUAUUCUAAUGAAAGCCGCUAGAUCUAAAAUGGAUUUGUUUCAGCUUUUGUCUCUGUAAUUUAUUUGUUUGACUACUGAUUGCCUAAAUUUGUAUAUGAGCAUAAAGGCAGAUGGGCCUCAUGAAGAAAAAAAUAACCAUGUAUAAAUUCUUUUUUUUGUCUGACAAUGGUGCUAAUCACAUAACCAAGUGGAAAACUAAGUUUAAUGUUUGUUUCUUGUUUUGUUUUUUUUUUUUAAUAAAGGUGAAUUAAAAUGAA